GCCCACGCGGGCGGCGAACUAAGAGGUCUAAAAUAAAACUAUGCCCAUGAAGCCAGAGAACCCGGUUCACCUUCCGGUCGAGAAGCUGAGCCUCGGCUGCCCGGUCUUGGACCGGUUCCUUGGUGGCGGCAUUCCCUUCGGCUUCGUCACCGAGCUCGCCGGCGAAGCCUCCGCCGGCAAAACUCAGCUCUGUCUACAGAUUGUCCUCUCCGCCGCAGCCCCCCGCUCUUCUGGAGGCCUCUCAGCCGCCUCUCUCUUCAUCUCCACCGAACCCCCCUUUCCCCUCCGCCGUCUUCUCUCCCUUUCCUCCGACGCCGCCCCCCUUGACCACAUCUUCGUCCGCUCCGCCUUCUCGUCCAAGGAGCUCUUUGAACUUCUCAAUCAUGUCGACUUGCUGCUCUCACUCGUCUGCCACUCCUCCGACCGCCGCAUCCGUCUGCUUGUCCUCGACUCCGCCGCCGCCCUCUUUCAUACCGAUGCAGAAGACGCUGUUCAUCGCUCUUCAGAACUAUUUGCCGUCGCCGCUAAGCUCAAGGAGCAAGCGAGAAGAUUCAAUCUUGCCGUCAUCGUCACCAACCACGUCGUCGACGUUGUCGAUGACGGGUCUAAGGGUCUCCGGGUAGGCAAUUACUUGAAUCUAUCUUCCUCCGGGAGGAAGGUUUGCCCGGCGAUGGGUCUCGCCUGGGCGAAUUGUGUCAAUAUGCGGCUUUUCCUCUCGAGAUCUGCCGCGGAAGGAAAUGUAGUGGAUAUCAACGGAUGCACGAUGCUGGAACGGAAAUUGCAGGUAGUAUUUGCCCCGCACUUGCCGGAAGGUUCUUGCAAGUUUGUGAUUCGACGAGAAGGUGUAUUUGGGGUGGGUAAUCAGGCCUUGAUUCCUACUUCACCGCAAUGAUUUCUCUCUUCUUUUUGCAAACUGCAAC